AGGAUAAGAAAAUGCAUCAAUAGUGAAAGUUCUCAUCAACAAAUUCCAUGGGUUUCCCACUCCACCUUGUCCCCCACCUCUUGAUUCUUCCCAUCUGUGCACAACAAUCAGAUUCCUUACAUAAAAUAAAGCAUAACAGUAAUGAAACAGCUGUAUUAGGAGCAAGUGUGACCAUUUUCUGCAAUUUGACAACUCCAGCAAAUGUCGUGCAAAUCACCUGGCAGAAGAUCCAAGACUCUCUACCACAAAAUAUUGGCACUUACAGCAGUAAAUACGGAGAAAAGAUUCUUCCACCAUACAUAGACAGGCUGCACUGCAAGAUCAUUGAACCCAAUUGCUCCUUCCUGACAAUCAAUGAAGUAACAUUUGACGACGAAGCCUGCUACAAAUGUGUCUUUAACGUGUUUCCUCAUGGAAGUCAUGGAGGAAAAGUCUGCCUGAACAUCUUAACUGUAACUGAAUUAACAUCGGAACCCCGAUUCAGUCCUGACUCUGAAGGUUUUCUUAGCUUUAAUUAUUCAGCCGUGGGAAAACCUGCACCUCGAAUUUCUCUUUUCCCCUCACGGAUCCUGAAUUGUCCACCUGAGGAGUACCUUGCUCAGAACCCCAAUGGUACCAUAACAGUUACUAAAAUGUACACCAUCUCUAUGGAAACUGUGAGGUCCCUAGGACUCCAACACCUGAUUGUGCACAUGGAUCACCCUCUAAGGAAUGAAGAGAAGAUUGUUUCUCUGCCAAAAAAACAAGAAUGUGCUACUUGUUCUUCUACUUGCAUGUAUAUAGUUUCGAUGAUCUUCGUUUGUGUUUUUCUUAGCGCACUCCUCCUCAUUCUCUAUUUUGUUUGGAGAAAGAAAAAGUAA